AUGACGAACGACAGCGACCCCUUUUCCGGUUUUUCCGAUAUCGUGACCCGCGCCGAGGACCUUGAGGAAAUCACGGGCGAACCGCUGCCGCAGAUCAUUCACAAGGAGAUUCCCGCGCUGGACUCCAUCUGCCGGGACUUCAUUUCACACGCGCCGUUCUGCUUUCUUGCGACGGCAAAUCCGGAUGGAUAUCUCGAUGUGUCCCCGAGAGGUGAUCCCGCCGGAUUUGUGAAGGUCCUUGAUGAAACCACGCUGGCGAUCCCCGACAGGCCCGGAAACAGGCGUUUGGAUACGUUCCACAAUGUCCUGAAGGACCCGAGGGUCGGCGUUCUAUUCAUGAUACCGGGCAGAGGUGAAACGCUUCGAAUUCGCGGGGAAGCAAGGAUCGUCAGGGACCGCGAUCUGAUUGCGUCGAUGGCAAUCAACGGGCGCGAACCGAAGCUCGCACUGGUGAUUCAUGUCAAGAGCGCCUUCAUGCACUGCCCCAAAUGCGUUUUCCGGUCAAACAUCUGGCAGCCGGAAAAGUGGCCGGACACGACCGGACUGGCUGACAUGAACGAAGCCAUGGUCAAGCAUGCCAGGAUCGCCAUGAAUCCCGACGAAUGGUUUGAAUCUCUCAAGCAGAAGGGUGAACUCGAGCUCUGGUAG